AUGGACGCGUCUGAACCCCGGGCGGAUCAUGAUCCCGCUUCUCUGCCCCUACCCUCGGACGAGCAGCGUGCUCUCGACUUGUUCGACAGCCUGCAGCAGCUUCGACUGGAGACGGCCAUGGCCAACGCGCUGGCAUCGCAUCGAGCAGAGGCGCAUGGCGCCGGCGCAGUUUCCAGGACAUGGCAGGAGGAUCUCCUGGAUGCGAGGGCAAAGCUCAAGCUACGAAACGAUGCCGUAGAGGCAGUCGUGGUGGCGAAUCCCAUUCUCAAGGCCGUCCACAACGGCACAGAUGCAUCUCCCGUGGAACGUGACUUGUUACCCUACGUGGAACGCAGAGACGAGGCGGUCAUAUCGGUCGCCCGGCAGGCCGCUGACAUGGAAAUGCUGCGCGACCAACUCACCCGGACCCAGGCCGACGCAGCACGCGUCAGUCGCCGGAACGUAGAGUUGGCGGCAAUGCUAUGCGACUUGGCGGACAAGGCAAAGAGGAAACGGACCGGAAGUUUCGAUUCGCCUGAGAAACGGAGCGCAAUCGCGCGGCUAGAGAACGAAGUCGCGUCACGGAGGAAGCGGUGGAGAGUCAUCAAGGGCGUGGCUAGUGGCGUAGUCUCUGGAAGCGGCAUCGACUGGGCUCGCGAUGAUGAGCUGUGCGAUAUGGUGCUCGAUCCAGAAAACGAAGACGAGCGGCCGUGA